AUGGCUCUCCACCGACAUGAGCUCAAUAGCGGCUGGUCCUUCAAACAGCAAGAUGACGCCUCAGAGCACCCAUGGCUUCCGGUUCCCAAGGUCCCGAGUCAAGUCCAUGUAGACCUCCUUGCGAACAACAAGAUACCAGAUCCGUUCCUGGACAUGAACGAGCUCGCCGUCCAGUGGGUUGGGGAAAAGACCUGGGUCUACCGCACGUCCUUCACGACGCCGGCGGACCCGUCGGACGCCCCCGGCAGAGUGACGGAUCUCGUUUUUGAAGGCCUGGACACCUUUGCGACCGUCACCCUGAACGGGGCCGUGAUCCUCAGGUCGGACAAUAUGUUUCUCUCGCACCGCGUUGAGGUCUCGCGGCAACUGAGACGGGGCGGCGCCGACAACGUACUGGAGGUCGUGUUCGACUCGGCGCUGCUCCGCGGCAGGCAGCUCGUCCAGGAGCACGCCCACGAGCAUAGGUUCAUCGCGCGGCAGACGGAGCAGGGCCGGAUCCCUGUGCGGAAGGCGCAGUAUCACUGGGGCUGGGACUGGGGCCCGAUCCUGGUCACCGCCGGCCUGUGGAAGCCGGUGUUUCUGGAGCGGUACCUUGCUCGUCUGGACGACGUCUGGGUCAAGGGCGAAGUCAGCCCGGAUCUGAAGUCGGUGUCUGGGAAAAUCAUUGUUAAAAUCGAGGGUCCCGGCGUCGACAAGGUAUGCGUAAGGUUCAACCUACAAAACGAGAUCGUCCUCGAAAAGGAGUUCGCCGUGGGUGAAGACGGGACAGCACAGACAGACUUCCACCUAGACAACCCCCGACUUUGGUACCCCAUAAACACCGGCCCCCAAACCCUCUACACCGUCACGGCCACCAUUCAUCAUGCCUCCGGCAUCCCGCUCGCCGCCAAAACCAGGAAGACGGGCUUCCGCCGCGCGGAACUGAUCCAAGAGCCUGACACCCUCGGGAAGUCUUUCUAUUUCCGCAUCAACAACCACGACGUCUUCGCCGGCGGUUCUUGCUGGAUCCCCGUCGGCAGCUUCCACGCCGCCGUCGGCCCCGAACGCUACCGCGCGUGGGCGGAACUCAUGGCCGCCUCGAACCAGAACAUGCUCCGCGUCUGGGGCGGCGGAGUGUACGAGGCGGACGCGCUGAUGGAGGCGUGCGACGAGCUUGGCGUGAUGGUGUGGCACGACUUUUGCUUCGCGUGCGGGAGCUACCCGACCUACCCCUCGUUCCUGAAGAGCGUCGAGGAAGAGGCGAGGCAGAAUCUGAGGCGGUUGAGGGGACAUCCGAGCAUCGUCAUCUGGGCGGGGAACAACGAGGACUACCAGGUUCAGGAGAGAUACCGGCUCGAGUACCGCUUUGACGAGGACAAGGACCCGGAGUCUUGGCUCAAGACGAGUUUCCCAGCGAGGUAUCUUUACGAGUAUCUUCUGCCCAAGAUCGUGGGGGAGGAGAGCCCGCUUACCACUUACCAUCCGAGCAGUCCUUGGGGCGAUGGAAAACCUACUGCAGACCCAACAGUCGGGGAUCUUCACCAAUGGAACAUCUGGCAUGGCGCCAUGAACAAAUACCAAGACGCCCACCUCCUGACCGGCCGCUUCGUCUCCGAGUUCGGCAUGGAGGGCUACCCUCACCUCUCCACCAUCGCUACCAUGCUUACCGCUCCCUCUCAGCGACGCCCAGGCUCCAUGGCUCUCGACUUCCGCAAUAAGGCCUACGACCACGAACGCCGCCUGAUGACCUACAUCGCUGAGAAUUUCUCUGUGGCAUACGACUUGCCCCGCUUCACCCACCUUACCCAGCUGAUGCAGGCCGAGGCCAUGUCCUUCGCGUAUAAGGCCUGGCGCCGGGACUGGGGCACCGGCGGCGCGAGGGGUUGCGGUGGCGCGCUGGUGUGGCAGCUCAACGACUGCUGGCCGACAGUGAGCUGGGCCGUUGUGGACUACUGGCUCGUGCCGAAGCCCGCAUUCUACGCGAUCGCUAGGGCGCUACGGGCGCUGGACGUCGGCGUGCGGAGGCGAGUGGACGAGUGGACAAAGUGCCACGCAGACCCGACCCUGGGGGCCAGGGGUACCGAGUUCGAGGUCUGGGUCGCGAGCGGGCGUACAGACGCCGUCGCGGGGGACCUGACGGUGCGGUUCAUCUCCAUCGAGACGGGGAGGGAGGUGAGGCCGCGGCUCGAGAAGAAGGUUGUGGCGCAGGGGAACGCGACGACAGACGUCGUGGAGAAGCAGACCGUCGGCACCGCGAAGGAGGAGUUUGGAGACGCACGUGUGCCGUAUCAGCAGGAGGCGGAUGACCCUUUCGUGAUUCACGCGACGCUUGUUGUAGACGGGAAGCUUGUGGCGGAGGACACGGCGUGGCCGCAGCCGUUGAAGUAUCUCGAGUUUUCCGACCGCCGGAUCAGGACGUCGGCUGAGAAAGGGGUACUGCUUAUCUCUGCCGAGAAGCCGGUCAAAGGUUUCAUCAUUCAAGAGGAGCGGGGCAUGAAGCUGAGUGACAACGGGUUCGAUAUCGUGCCGGGCGAGGAGAAGGUGAUCCGGGUAGAGGGCAUUGAGGUUGAGGAGUUGAGGUGGACAUAUCUUGGGGCACCGGAUGCGUCGCUAAGGCUGUCUAGCUAG